AUGGGCGGCAGUGAAAUCAGCAACAGUGAAAAGAAGCGUGUUGUGAAGCUUGUGGACUCCGGUAGGAUGACGGUUUCCGAAGCUGCUUACCUCUGCGACAGAGCUCCAAGCACCAUCUACAGUUGGAGAAGGCAGAUGAGUACUAGUGGCGAUUCAAGGGGCAACAGAACUACGAAUAUUACAUACGUAAAUAUUAACAAUUAUCAUUAUCAUUGA